UAUCCAGCUAGCUAUGUGUCUAACAGCGUAACUCCAACCAGAGUUUCUAAAAAGCAGGGUUUUACUGCUGGAACUUGUUUACGCCCUUUGAGCAAGAAUUAAUAUAUGAAAUGCACAUAGAACAAAAUGAGCCGCGAUCUGUCUAGCUAGUUUGCCAACGCAUGGGUUAGUUUGCCGAUGUGGCAGCCAGUGAAAGUUAACUUUGUGUGCUAGCUACAACAUCUAGCCAAAUGUAUGCUGCUGAAACUGAUCUGCCAUCUCCAGGUCUAUCCACAAUCAGUGUCAGUAAAGACAAAAAUGCCCGGCCCCUGUCCUUGUCUGGCCAUGUUGGCUUCGACAGCCUACCUCACCAGCUGGUCAACAAAUCAACAUGUCAAGGUUUCUGCUUCAAUAUCCUCUGUAUUGGCGAAACGGGUAUUGGCAAAUCCACCCUAAUGGACACACUGUUCAACACUAACUUUGAGAACUUUGAGUCGUCUCACUUCGAGCCCAAGGUGAAGCUGCGAGCGCAGACCUAUGACCUGCAGGAGAGCAACGUGCAACUCAAGCUGACCAUCGUCAACACAGUGGGCUUUGGGGACCAGAUGAACAAGCAGGAGAGCUACCAGCAUGUUGUGGACUACAUUGACACCCAGUUCGAGUCGUAUCUACAGGAAGAGUUGAAGAUCAAGCGGUCCCUCCACAACUACCACGACUCCCGUAUCCAUGCCUGUCUCUACUUCAUCGCCCCUUCAGGACACUCUCUCAAGUCCCUGGACCUGGUCACCAUGAAGAAACUGGACAGCAAGGUCAACAUCAUUCCUGUCAUCGCCAAAGCAGACACGAUCUCCAAGAGCGAGCUCCACAAGUUUAAGAUCAAGAUCAUGAGUGAGUUGGUCAGUAACGGUGUCCAGAUCUACCAGUUCCCUACCGACGACGAGACCGUCUCCAAGAUCAACACUGCCAUGAAUGGUAUCCUGCCUUUUGCUGUUGUGGGGAGCUCAGAGGAGGUGAAGAUUGGAAAUAAAAUGGUCAAAGCUCGGCAGUAUCCCUGGGGUGUGGUGCAAGUGGAGAAUGAGAACCACUGUGACUUUGUGAAGCUGAGGGAGAUGCUGAUCUGUGUGAACAUGGAGGACCUGAGGGAGCAGACCCACACGCGCCACUACGAGCUCUACCGCCGCUGCAAACUGGAGGAGAUGGGAUUCACAGACACGAACCCAGAGAGCAAGCCAGUCAGCCUGCAGGAGACCUAUGAAGCCAAGCGUCACGAGUUCCUGGGAGAUUUGCAGCGGAGAGAGGAGGAGAUGAGGCAGAUGUUUGUCCAGAGAGUCAAGGAGAAGGAGACUGAGCUGAAGGAAGCUGAGAGAGAGUUGCAAGGUAAGUUUGAGCAGCUGAAGAGACUGCACUCUGAGGAGAAGAGCAAGCUGGAUGAGAAGAGAAGGUCCCUGGAGGACGAGAUCAACACCUUCAGCAAGAAGAAAACAGCUGCCGAGCUGCUCCAAGGCCAGCCCUUCAACACUAACGCCAACCUCAAGAAGGACAAAGACCGUAAAAACUCUGGGUUCAUGUGAAGAAAUAAAAUGGACAAAGACCCCCUCCCAUCAGACAGAAGACGAAUAAAUACAAAAUGGAAUACAUUCACCGAUAGUCGUCAUUGUUUGCCUUAGUCAACUCACAAAUGUUGUUUGUCAAAUACCAGCCAGAGUAUUGACAAUUCUCUUUUUAACUGGUAACCCUUUGUAUUACUUUACUUUUCACUUCUACAGCUAGAGGGUGCCAAAUGAUCAAGGUCUGGUUAGGGUUAUCAUUGAAAAUACUGUACUUCACACCAAACAGAAAUACAAUUUGUUUGAUGGUCAACAGUACAUUGACAUUCAAGAUGUAUUUAAUUGUCCAAUCUCAGAAUUAGUUGUGUUACCGGGUUGUCUUGAGUAUUCACUUUACUGGGAUAGCAGAUAAUGUGGAGACUUGAACUUGUUCCAACUUUAAUUCUGCAGAUAGAAUAUAUAUUUGCAUGUCUUUUUAAAAUAUGCUGUUCACCACUAGUGUGUAUUAUAUAGCUUGAUAUUUAUUCUAUGCAUUAUUAUUGUAGACUCAUGUGUUUCUGGAUGGAUUCCAUGUAUAGUAAUACCUAGCACUGGUCCAGGACGUUCCUCACCUCAUGUUACAUUAGUGGAGGAACGCGCACCAACGACCAGAGCUACGUUAUAUCCACGCAUGCGUUACAUUCCAAUCACUGAGGUAUUACUUUUUAAACACUUAUUGUAUGCCUUUGUGCCUUACUGCCACAGAUACCUUCCUUGUAUUUUAUUCAAAUGCUAAAGAAUGAAGCAGCUGCUGACAUGGGAAUUAAUUUCUGAAGAGUGAAACCAUGUUUUUUUUUUUUUUGCUCAAUGACCUUUCUGAAUAGAACACUACGUCAAAUGGUUUCGACAUAAGGCACCUCGGGCUAUAUUGCCAAUAUACCACGGCUAAGCGUACAUAUGAACAUUCCUUAGCCGUGGUAUAUUGGCCAUAUACCACACCUCUUUGGGCCUUACGGCUUAAAAAUAGUAUGUCGUGUGUGUGGAAUGAUUGUGAUAAUUGCCAGACGUAUUUUCCCUCUCAAAGGAUAGCUUUGAAAAUAACUUGGCUGUGUAAUUUAAGCAUUUUUCUGCAAUAUUUUUUGUACACAGCUUUUUUCUUAACUCAUAUGAACUGAGGUUUGUUCUUAGGUGUGGAGAAGGGUUUAUAUCACCAAAAAAUAAAACGUUUGUCAUACA